CGAUGGAGGAGGAAGCGCCCGACGCCGGAGGGGCUUCGCUGGUGGGGCUCUCGCUGGUCCUCGGCGGCCUCGUCCUCGGCCUGGUCCUCCUCCUCCUGCGGCGGAAAGACCGGGACGUGGGGUCCGGCACCCGGGAGGCGGGGCCGAGCCCUCCCCUCGAAGAUGAGAGUGUAAACGGCGAAGCAACCAGCAAAACCUCCCUCCUGAAGAAGCAAAAGCAGCAGCAGCGAAUCCGAAAGGAGAAGCCUCAGCAACACACCUUUUCGCACCCGCUUCUGGCUUCGGCCCUCAAGGGCCACAGCGGGAGCGUCACCUGUCUCGACUUCAGCAGCAAUGGGAAGUACCUGGCGUCCUGCUCUGAUGACCGGACGGUGCGCAUCUGGAGCACCAAGGACUUCUUGGAACGGGAGCACCGCUGCAUGCGGGCCAACGUGGAGCUGGAUCAUGCCACCCUGGUCCGCUUCUACCCAGACUCCAGAGCGUUUGUGGUCUGGUUAGCCAAUGGUGACACCCUCCGGCUCUUUAAGAUGACCAAGAAGGAGGAUGGCAGCUUUACGUACGUUGCCGUUCCGGAAGACUUCCCGAAACAGCACAAAGCCCCCGUCAUCAACAUCGGUGUCGCUGAUACAGGGAAGUACAUCAUGACGGCUUCCAGCGACACUACCAUCCUGAUCUGGGAUCUGAAAGGGGAAGUCCUGAGCACCAUCAACACUAACCAGAUGAAUAACACGUUUGCCGCUGUGUCACCCUGUGGGAGGUUUGUCGCCUCGUGUGGUUUCACGCCAGACGUGAAAGUCUGGGAGGUCUGUUUCAGCAAAAGUGGAGACUUCCGGGAAGUGACCAGAGCCUUUGAGCUGAAAGGCCACACGGCUGGCGUCUAUUCCUUUUCUUUCUCCAACGACUCCAGAAGGAUGGCCACGGUUUCCAAGGAUGGCACGUGGAAGGUGUGGGACACCGACGUGGAGUACAAGAAGCAGCAGGACCCUUACCUCUUGCUGACGGGGAAGUGCGCGGUGACGGAGCCCUGCUGCAUCGCCCUGGCUCCUGAUGCCAGAUCCCUGGCCAUCUCCUCCAGGACCAGCAUCUUUGUUUACAACACCCAGCAGGGUGAAGAGGAGGAGCGCUUUGAGGGGGUCCACGGGGAGCACAUCACAGACUUGGCCUUCGACACCACCAGCCGCUUCCUCGUCUCCUGCGGGGACCGGGCCAUCCGGGUCUUUCACAACACCGUCGGCUACCGGGCGGUGAUCGAAGAGAUGAAGGCGCUCCUGAAGAAGGCCUCCAACGAGUCAACCAAGCAUAGAUUGCAGCAGCAAAUCGCCAGCGCCCAGAGCGCCCUGGACAGCAUUCACGGAAAAGCCCACUGAGGCCCCCUCCCCACUCGGCAGGGAGGAGACUGCAGUGGGCCGACGCAGGGCCGGGAUUCGAUCAUGCAGGGUGACACGUAAUAAAAUAAAUUCUGCACAACUGCUGCCCUCCUGGGAUUAUCUUCAGAGCAAGGCGAUUGACAUAGAUUGGUGAGGAAUGUAGGAACAGGAGGGUCAAGGCAGACUCAGACCCAAAGCCAGAAAUGGUCCUGGCUGCCUGGAAAUCCCAUCAUGGAAAUGUCUCUUCCCCUGUUGUUGUCCUUGCAGUUGCCCCACCGGCUGUGAUCGUUUGCCUUUCCAGGGGCAGGAGAUGGGCAGGAUCCUUGCACUUUGUAGGUUUUUUUUCCAGGCAGUGAAAAACAGACUGAUAGUUCUCCAGGCAUUUAAGAGAAAACUGGACACCCAUCUGUCAGGUCUGUUUUGGUUUGGAUUCCCGCACUGAGCAGGGGGUUGGACUUGAUGGCCCCUUCUAAUUCAGUUAUUCCAUCUUCCACAGAACUAUUUGAAAAUGCUGAUUGUAAGAGAUUACCUGAAUUACCUUGAUGCCUUA